AAACAGAAAAAGUUGUGUGUAGAACGUCGUCUCUGGCUUUGUGCGUUAUUCAUGCUCGAACAGCAGUAGUUGGAAAAAUUUAAUUUCCCCCCAAACAAGUAGCAACAUGAUAGAAGAAAACAACAAUUGAUACGACGAAUAUGAGUGAGAAAUUGACGUCAACACGAGCUGAAUAGUCUUGUUCCACUGAUUGUUGGAACAAACUAAUUUUCGAUUAAAAAAUAAUGAAUUUUUCUUGGAGUAUCGAAAGUUGGCGAAUUGAUCGUUGCUCCGAGGAGGUUAGAAUGACAAUCGCCUCAUAACUAAAAAUGAAUUAUUAUGUGAUCCCAUAUUAUUAAGAUAUAAAAGGAGAAAAAGUUGAGCCAUGAAGAUGUCACUUCACGGGAGAUUAUCUCGCAGUGCUCUAGUCAGAUUCUUCGGGGGAAUUGCCAUGAAGUGUUGGGCGUAUUCUGGAGCUUACAUACUCUUCUGCAUUGUGCUAUAUUGGCUGUACGGCGGCAUAUUGGCGUUCUUUCUUCUGUGUUUUGCGACGACAGGCGUUUUAUAUCAAACACAGGACCAACUCCUGUACCGGCCGGAUUUACCAGCACACUCUCGGGUCUACGUGCCGGCGCCUUCGAUGUUUAAAUUACCUUAUCAAAGUGUUUACACACGCACACGGGACGGUACUCUGUUACAUAUGUUUUUUAUAGUCCAAUCAGGAGAAAAAGCUAAACGCUCCCCGACAAUAUUGUUCUUGCAUGGAAAUGCGGGAAAUAUCGGUCAUAGGCUUAAAAAUGUAUUGGGAUUGUAUCAUAAUGCUAAUUGCAAUGUUUUGAUGCUGGAGUACAGAGGAUAUGGCCUCUCCCAAGGUAGUCCGUCCGAGGAGGGUUUAUACAUGGAUGCUCAAGCAGGAAUUGACUUUUUAACAGCUCGAAAUGAUAUAAAUACUUCUGAAAUUAUAGUUUUUGGUAGAUCUUUAGGUGGUGCAGUCGCUGUUGAUUUAGCAACGAAAUUUGAUAAUGAAACAAAAAUUUGGUGUCUUAUUUUGGAGAAUACAUUCACCAGUAUUCCUGACAUGGCCUCAAUUUUGAUUAGCUCAAAAUUGCUCCAUCAUUUACCAUUAAUCUGCUACAAAAAUCAGUUCAUGUCAGUGAGAAAGAUACAUUUCCUGAGAAUUCCUACAUUGUUCAUAUCAGGAUUAUCCGACAAACUUGUGCCACCACAUAUGAUGAAAGAAUUGCAUAAAAAAUGUGGUAGCUCGUACAAACGUUUAAUUUCGAUACCAGGGGGCACACACAAUGAAACAUGGAAUCGAGAUGGUUAUUACAAACAUCUGCAAACAUUCAUUAAUGAACUUAGACAAAAGCCACCAAUGCGAAUGCCAGCUAGUCACGUCUAUCAAAUAGAUGAUAUUUAGUACUGAAGUUUACUAUGAAUUUUAUACAAAUUGCGUCCACAACAAUAAUUCAUGAGGUCCGUAGUUAAGUGGAAUAACGUCUGUCUACGAAGGAAUUUUUUUUUAAUUAGUGGCAAGUCAUUUUAACACCAGUUAUUUCUUAGAUUUGAGGUUAACAUUGCUUUCGUCAAUGUAUAAUUCACUAACCAAUUUUUCAUUGCAUGUGUCCUCCAAUAGAAUAUUAGAUUUUGGCAAAAGUUUUAUAAGUUUUUUUUUUCACUUAUGCAUUCCACUUAACAACAGAAUAAACCAAAAAUUAUUAAUGAUCCGGGGGAUAUUGCUGUGAUGAUACAGAUAGAUUACCAAUUUUGUUAAGAAUCUUAUUUAUUGAAUACAAAAAAAAACUUCCUCCAGUGUAUCUCUUUGUAAGGAGAAGAGUUUGUACGAGAUAACAUAAAUUUCACCGAGUAUUAUAGAGGUGUAUGGAAAGAGUUUUCAUAUAAGUCAGCGAAACAUGGAAACAAAUAAAUAUGUUUAUAUGGUUGGUAGAAAAGAGGUUGGAGAUAUCGAGUGAAAAUUAGAUUUUUAAAUUAUUUUGUAAAUAUCACCGAGAAGAAGAUAUCGAUAUUUCCUAGUUAAAUAAGAGUAUUCUACACUUAGGGAUUAACGCGACAAGACGAAUUCAUUGGUUCUCUAAAUAAUUAUAAAUCCGUUGAUUAAAAUUUUCAUGUUGUCUUUUCAAAUAUUUCCAAGAAUCCAUGUUGUCGCGCUCUUUUCUUCUGUAUAUAAAAUCGAUUCAACGUCAAUUCUAGUUUAUUGUCAUAAAUAAGAACAGAUAUAAGGUGUAAUAUUUCUAGAUUCCUGCCAACCCAAGAAAAAGAACGACGAAUCAAAUCAUAUUUAUUUUGUGUUCUAUCAUUAUAAUGUAAGGAAAAAUAAAAUUGCCAAAUGAAGUAUCAAAAAUAUGAGUCUUAAUGAAGAGGGUAUGUCUGUCGUGUGAACACGCAUCUAUCUGUUUUUUUAUUUAUUUAAUUUACCAGUUUUUAUUUGCAAAACAAAAAGAUUAUUUAAAAUCGUCGGUUAGAGCGUCUUUUUUUUACCGCAAGUUUGUGAGAAAUGACUAUGCCGGUUAUUACCAGUAGUAAAA